AUUUGUCUUUGGUUUCACUAUAAUACAUGUCAUAAAAACCUAAAUAAAGACACACAACUCACAAUACACUAUACACAAUAUCAGUUACUGUGCAAAAAACUGAGAGCAAAGUCAGGAGCACCACUCUGUGUCCUAGUCUACCGGAUCCCACUUUCAUUUAUUCCCUUGACAGUACUUGGGACAAAUGAUAUUUCUAGCCAUCGGCCAUAGCCACACAUUUAAUAUAAUUUUUCAGGGUAAGUGCAGAGUUUAUAUUUUGAAGGUUGUCUAUCUUUCAUAUUACUUUAAAAUUCAUUCAGACCUCUAAGUUAUGGUCUUGAACAUAUAUAUAUUUUAAAAUGUUUAGUGGCUUGCGUGUAUAAUUCAAUAUUUGUGUUGGAAAAACGUGGGUAAAAAUAACCUAAAAUACCUUAUGGCACUGGAUAACCGUGUGUGUGUUUGUCAGUUCUCCCCAUGUGGCAGGUGUGUCUCGCUUCAGGUUUGGUCCUUCAGACGACAUGCCACAGACCAGCUCGUCUUCGCACUCUGACCUUGGACAGCUCGCAUCACAAGGAGGUCUUGGUAUGUAUGAAAGCCCCUUGUUCUUAGCAACUCACGAAGAGGAGUCUGGUGGACGCAGCGUUCCCACUACACCUUUACAAGUUUCAGCACCAGUAACUGUCUUCUCAGAGGUGCCACAGUCUGACACCACUGAGCACGCCUCUCAGUCGGUUCCCAUGGUGAGCACGUCCACACCGGGCCUGGUUGUGCCAGGAGCAGCCAGCACAGGGGACGAUAGAGACAACAUCUUCCUGGAGCCAGACACUGAUAGGUCCAGUGCAGAAGUGUCAAUGGAACCAGUGGUCUCACAGGGGGAUAUAGAGGAGCAAAGUCAGCAAUCUGACAAGGCCAGCCCCUCCACUAGCCAGGAGCCCUCCUCCAGCUCUGCAGAUACAAGCAGUGCUCCACCUAAACCCUCUAGACCUGGAACCAGCAGACAAUUGCAGCGCUGGCCAGAAAACCGUGGUGGCCGCAUGAAGAGAGGUCAAGGAUUUCCUCCUCGGGGUGUCCAUGGAAGACGAUUCGCCAGAUGAAGCACUAAUGAGAAAACCUGACACCAUUAUCGGAUAACUUUUCAUUCCCGUCAGAAACACAUUUCCCAAUCAGCGAGUUGAGAUUCUGUAUUCAGACCCAAUAAUGUUGUUGUUCUGAAGCUUGUUGUUUUUGCUUUUAUUUUUAAUGUGCUUGUAAAGUACUUUUUUUAAUGAGUCCAUGCUGAAGCAGUGUGUUUUAUGAAGAAUGUAAUAAACUAUUAGAAAAACACGA